AUGAUUUCCCAAACCUCAAACCUAUUUCUCUUCUUCCUCCUAUUCACCACAUUCUUGUGUAUUUCAUCAAGUACAUAUGAUGUCCCAACCAUGAAGUACUCAUCCAUAUUAGGUCCAAACCUUGAUAAGCUCCCUACUCUAAAUGAAACCAAAAAACUAUUCCAAUCAUGGAUGAAAGAGCAUGGAAGGGUCUACAAAAAUGUAGACGAGAUGGCAAAUAAAUUUAAAAUUUUUAAAUCCAAUUUGAAGUAUAUCACAGAGACUAAUGCAAAGAGAAAGUCACCUCAUGGACACUUUCUUGGUCUUACAAACUUUGCUGAUUGGAGCCACCAAGAAUUCAAAGAAACAUACUUACACAAGAAUGACAUGUCCAUGUACAAUAACACGAUGAAGAAGAAGAAUGUUAAUAGUGAAUCAUGCAGUCCUCCUUUAUCCUUGGAUUGGAGGUCGAAAGGAGUUGUCAGUUCUGUUAAGGAUCAAGGCACCUGUGGGAGUUGCUGGACAUUCACAGCUGCAGGUGCAAUUGAAAGCAUAAAUGCAUUAGUGACAGGGAGGCUUGUGGACCUAUCAGAGCAAGAGAUGUUGGAUUGUGAACCUUCAGGCGAUUGCAAGUUUGGAUAUAUGUCGAAAGUAUUUGAUUGGAUUUUAUUGAACAAAGGAGUUGCAUCGGAAAAAGAUUAUGCUUAUACAGGAGUGAAGGGUGUUUGCAAAGCCUCACAGAUUCCAAACAGUAAAAGUAGUACCUUUGAUACAUAUGAUCACGUGGAGCAAUCAGAGAAUGGAUUAUUGUGUUCAGUUGCUUAUCAGCCACUUAGUGUCUGUCUUUAUGCACCUCCAGACUUUGAUCAUUAUUCACACGGAAUAUACGAUGGUUCUAAUUGUCCAGAGAAUUCUGAUGAAACAAAUCACUGCCUGUUAAUAGUGGGUUAUGGUUCAGUAGACGGUCAAGAUUAUUGGAUCUUGAAGAAUUCAUGGGGCACGAAUUGGGGAAUGGAGGGUUAUAUGUAUUUGAAAAGGAACAGUGGUAAAAAGUAUGGGGUGUGUGCAAUAAAUGCAUGGGGUUUUAAUCUAAUCAAAUUAAAUAGAAGGGACUAA